AUGGCCACUUCCCAGACCUCUGAGCAUCCUCUUUUCACGGAGCUAAGAGAACUCAUCGCCUUCUUUCCGAAACUCGAAGAUGAAUUUGAUUUUGACAAGUGUCGUUGGCAAAAAGGUGAUAAAAGUCGCUGUCGUAAUCCACGUAAAAGUGUUGCAGGCGAAGCCAAGGCUCUUUGGUUCGAGAUCGAGAGGAUGAAAACAUGUCCAGAUAUUGCCACUUUUUAUCCAAAGGUUGAACGAUUAAUGAAAAUCACUCACUGUGAUUCGCACUUAUUCAAAUAUGUUCUGCCCUUAUUCCAAGAGUGGAAAGAGAAGCACCGCGUGGACGUCAAAUUGACCCAGGCUCCAUCGGAAACCCAAGAGCCCAACAGGGUCUUGAUAGAGGAUUCAGACGAGCCAUCACAGCCGGGAACACCAGAACCAGAGGUGUUCGAUUCUUUUUGUCUCAGCGAUACCUCGCCCUGGCCUACUCCUCUCACUGAAGUCGAUUCAGUGAGAACUCCAAUCAAGGGUCCCGCUUGUAUCCUUGACAGAUCCAUUCCAGACACUUCAUCUGGGACAGUUGAUCAAACCUCCUCGUCCGUGGAAAACAGCAACAACUCCAUUGUCAAUGCCAUCACAAAAGAUAUUUCGACCUUGUCUCUUGGCCAAAUCCACUCGACCUCAGACAAGUCACCCGUUAAUGGCAAGCUAUCCUAUGCUGAAAGCAUCUCAGAGGACGAUGAGCUUUCUUGUCAGGAAACAUCAGAGAGGCUCACUGUCAUCCCUAAUAGAAAGCCUGUUGCCGAACAGACGGCCUCUGAUGUUUCAGUACGCCAAGAAAACACUCCCGAGGUGGAAGAUGACCCUCUCGACCAUCCAAUUAAUGUUGAGGGUAUCGGUAUCGGUCGACUGUAUCGACAGGGAACUCUGAAGAGAAGCUCGCCCAUCUUCAAGGCUCUCACCACUCCCCCCACUCUGAGACAGCGGAAACAUGGCGUUGUAUAUGUCUUACAGCACACCAAAGAUGAAAAAGUCUUCAAAAUUGGAUACACUAGAUACAAUGCCGUUAAGAGACAUAAUCAAUCCGGAAAUUGCUAUGGGAAAAACACCAAGGUCAUCUAUGAAUCCGAACUUGACUUUGCUGGCGCUGAGAAAGCCGAACAGCUGGCACACGUGUUUCUUGGAAAUCACAACCUCCGAGUUCCGGAAUGCGCGUCUUGUGGCGGAGGCCAUAGAGAAUGGUAUCAUGGUCAAAUAGGCGAUGUUCUCAUUGCCACGCUCAAAGUGAUGGAAGAUUUUGUUCAGCUGCCUGCUUAUGAGUUGAAGGCUGGUCAAAACGAGGAUGGGGAAAUGGUGGUGUCGCAAGAGGCAGAAAGGAGAAUCAAAAGCAUGUUCGACAUUUCCAUCAAAGGGCUUCAAGGCUCUGCGAGUACACAAAACGGGCCUGCCAGCAUCCAAAUGGAUUCGACUACCGCGCAGACUGCUGUCCCUCAAGCUAUGGCUGAUACCCCCAUCAAGUCAUUAGAGGCAGAGCCCUUGAAGAAAUCGGAAUCAUCUACUGGUGUAACUAUGGGUCGGUUCGUGGGACGUGCGAAGAAGGAAAUUGAAAAAUUGAAGAUUCAAGUUUCAUUUUCCAGAGAGGGUACGCCUGAGUCCAGUGAUUCUCGAGAGCCGCCAGGCGAGGGCGAGAAUUUCUUUGCCACCUUUCACUGGACACUUGGAGGUGGCAAGUCCAGUGAUGCUUCAAAGGGAGAUGAGAGUCCUCAGGGAUUGAGCGCGCUCAUCCAAGCUAUGGCACACAGAAAAGACAAAUUCAAGGAGGAUUUUGCUACAGGUAAACGAGAGGCUGAAAUGAAGAGCUGA